AUGGGCGAGGCCAAACGGGCGGGGCUGCUGGCGGAGAAAAAACAGGACGAGGGAGCGACGGGCGCCGCCAACAAAAACAUCCUCUUCAAGGAGUGCAAACACGCAAACGAGUUCCGGGAGACCUUCAUCAACGUCGAGACGGACUACAGCCUCGACAGUGAAAAGGAAAAAAACAACAUCCCCCUGCUCAAGGUGUUUAAAAAAAAGCUAAGGGAAGAGAAGGCCUGCACCCGAGCGCUCAUCACCUUCCAAACGUCCAAGGAAGAGAGUAGGAGGAGCUGCCUAAAGGAGCAUCUGCUGAAGGUUCUUAAGCAAGACCACAAUCGAGUCAUCACGGGUGCCUGCAUCUUCGUGCACGGACACUCCAUCAUGCUGUUAGAAUCUUUGGAAACGAAAAAGGUAUUUUCCUUCGUCAGGCAGCUAAACGGGGUGAAGGAUGUGGCCGGGGUGCAGGUCCUUUACUUCAGCGAGCUGAAUAAGAAGAGCGUCACGGACGACUUCGCCUUCUUCCAUUACAACAAGGAGCAGCCCAAGGGCGCGCCCCUCUCCGGCGAGUGCAACUACGUGGACGAGGUCUGGGAGCUCUACAUCAACACCCUGCAGUUCUGCUGCCUCGCGAAGAACAGCGCCGAGCGCCAGGGCAUCUUCGACAGAAACGAAAACAUUAAGAAGAACUUCGCCCUGCUGCCCCACCUGUACAGCGACGCCGCGAGGCAGUACGUGUGGACCGCCGACGAGUUCAUCUCCUUCUUCAUGAAAGAGUUCCAGCUUCCCGUGGACGACUUCUCCGACGACUUUUUGGACCUGUGA